AGCAUGAUUAGUUUUUUUGUUACUUCACUUUCUAACCCUAGUUUAGAACACGCUGCUCAAAAAAUGAAGGGAACACUUAAACCACACAUCAGAUCUUGUAUGAAGGAUUCUAGUUGAAAAUGUUUACUGAUCUAAAUUGUGCACUUCAUUGAGAACAAAAUGAUGCAACAAGGGUCCGGGAGGAAGAAAAGUGGGGGCUGGAUUCAAAAUCACACCGCAAAUCAAAGUAAACAACUGAAAUCCUGGUCUGAUCCGAUUGGAUUUCAUUAUGGUAGCUCAUAAUGUGACUCGGUAGUGAAGAGAGCAUGGUGCCAGUGGCAGACCUGCCAAUUCUGGUGUUCUCUGGCGAAUGCCAAUCGAACUGCACAGUGCUGUGCUGUGAGCGCAGGUCUCACUAGAGGAUAUCAGGUCCUCAUGGGGUCUCUUGAUAGUUUGGUCAGAAACACGUACACCAGUAGCCCACUGGAGGUCAUUUUGUAGGCUUGUGACAGUGCUCCUCCUGUUCCUCCUCGCAUGAAGGAGCAGAUACUGCUCCAGCAGCUGGGCUGAUCCCCUUCUAUGGCUGGUAGACCCAGCAAACCUUGCGAUGGCAUGUAUGGAUGUGCCAUCCUGGCCUAGCUGUGCAACCUGGAUGGGCCACAGGUACCACCAGUACUGACUAGGGCACUAGCAAAAUGCAAAUCUUCAGUACUGUAGAGAAGAAUCAGGAACGAUGAGGAAAGAGUAAGCUGUGGACCCACUCCUUUUUUGGGGGGGUUUGCUUGCUGUUGCCUCUCUAGUGCACCUGCUGUUACUUUCAUUUGCGGCAAAGCAGGCGAAAUUCAUUCACAAUGACUUGUGCUUCCUAACCAGACAGAUUGAUAUCCCUGAGGUUUAAUUGACUUGGCAUUAUACUGUGAUGAUUAGGUCUACAUACUUAUUUUUGAGCAGUGUAAAUUAAUCAGUCAGGUAUACAGGUAAAAUAAAUUUUAACUGGUAGUGUGUUUUUCUCGCUCUCCCCAUUGGCUGAUGUUUGGAUGGAGUGUUGACCUAGCUCCAACCAAACAGGUGCUAGCAGGAUUCGUGUCUUCUCUUACACAUGUCCCCUCCCUGUGACAAGAUUCACUGAUUACUGUUCAAAGAUUAAUUGGAAUAUAGUUUCUCAUUAUUCUGAAACUUAUAAAUGUCUGUCAAAGCCAGAUGUGAUCAUGAGUUUUAAUACUGUACCGAUAAUGAUUUUUGUCUUACAGUCCAGGGUGGUGGCAGAUGGUUAGAUUCUUUCUAAACCUCUGAGUUUGGACUAGAAAUGUAUUGGAUUUUAUUGAUAUAUAUGUUUCAGUUUUUACUAAGACAUCAUCCAGCAGUGCUACAGCGAUGAAUGCCCUGUAGCCUCUUCAGCUCCCCUGUUUCAAAAGCUCAGCAGAUGAGACAGAAAACAGGACUCCAUCAUGACAUCAGCUGCUCGCUCCUGCAGUCUCUUAUAACCGCAGUCACACCAGCUACCGCACUUGUAUUGUUUUGAUGGCUGUCACACCUCAGCCGGUUUGUGCUGUAAACCCGCUAAGCAUUCAGCAGCCUUGCAAAACGUGUUUAGCAGCAGCAGACAAAGAUUUCUUUCCACCGUCAGAUGAAAAGGUUAAUGCUACGGCCACAAGGGGGCAGUAGAUUAUAGUUCUUGGAACAGCCUUGCCCGCUGUCCUUGUCGCUGAGUGAUACUUGGCCAUUAGCUUGACGACAUAUCUUCCUUUGUUUCUGUGUUCACUGGGCCAAAUUGGUACACGUGUUCCUUUUACCCCAGAAAGCAAAUAUGGAUCGUGUGAUGCAAUCUGAGUGAAGAGUGAGGCAACUUUCACACUGGGUCAGAUAGGGAAACCAGGUGGAGAGUUUGAACACGUGAACAAUCUGCUCUAAUCCAUUUCUAAAAAAAACAAAACAAACAAACAAAAAAAACCAUGAAGAUGGUUAUGUUUGUGGCAUUUACUCAGUGUCAUUCUCACGGCUUCUUCUGCUUCGAGUCUCACGUAUGAAAUAUUAAUUACAUCUAGGCGUUCUUUUGGCUUUCUCAGGGGAACUCGGUGGUUCUUAAGCAGGUUUUGAUCCUUUAUGUAGGAAACAGCAGUAAAUUUUCUGAGAUCAGCCUGAGACCUCUUCCCUGCCAGAGGUCACAUUUCAUCCGUCUCCUUUCAGGCUAAGUUACAGAAUCACCGUACCAUCUUCUCAGCAUUCGUAUAGGCCUAAUUUUAAUCAUAACUGCAGGAAUCCUUUUCAAUCAUUUUUGAAACCAUCCAGGGUGGUGGGCUAAAACUCACGCUACCAUAAUUUGCACUUAACAGUUAAGCCCAAAGUAAAUCAGUGUACUCGUUUGUCUGAGUUUUACUCUGCUGUUUGCUACUCUAUUCUCUGACCACAGAGGUGAUGUUCAACAUGGGUAGAGCUCAGAUAUGCUUAGCUUAGUGUGCAGUGGAUAUUUGGGUUUAUGUUAAAACCUCAAAUAGAUAGAGUGCAUACGUGACCUGAAUAAAAGAGGCACGAAAAAGAUUUCCAGUUGCCAAAAUUAAAACAGUAAAAGAUUGUUCUGCACCCUUCACCCAGCUGGAUUUUGGUUAAUUGAACUGUAAUGCAGUGCGCAACACUACAACUUCAGAAUGCAUCUUGAACAAAUUUCUUCAGAUCUGUAUACCUAUCCCUGUUUCAGAUGCUGUAAGCCCACAAACGGUUAGGAUCCAGCUCCAUCUAACUCGUUCCAUCAAGCGAAAUAAGGCGAGCUAUAUAACUCCUUACUAUGAAACCAUGAUGAUAUAGCUCUCAAGGAGCAGGAGUGGCAGGCAAAGAAGAACUCAUUUCUAUAUUUGGCUUUUACUCAACUUUUCUUAGUGUUCACGUUCUAGUACAAACUGUAUUCAGAUACCACAUUCGGUUCUCUGUCACCGUCUUCAGGAUAAACUAUCCUAUAUGUGUUUAGAACUGUAUACUACCUGGUUCACUUCAUGAGACUAUUAGGCCUAGUUAUUAUUCCGGCAAAUUAUAUCAGGUGCCUUAAAGCAGGAACAACGCUUGUGCAGAUGGUGAGUCUCCAGGACUGGGUCAUAUCUAUUGUUGCGGGGUAAGUUAAUAUAGAGCGAAAGAUGAUACGGCCGCUAAUGUAAUUAUUCUCCGAAAGAAUAUUUGGAGAAAAACGGCACGUGCGGAGUAAGCGCUUUAUGAAAACACCGCACGCGCCGUCUUCCGAAUCUACGUCCCGUAUACACCUGCAACCCGCACGAAGUGGGGCAAAAAGCAAACCCUCAACAGCGGGCAAAAGCAAACCCUCAUCGUCCCUCUGCUCUCUGCGGAAUUAAUUAAACUAGUUCGCCUGCUAGGAUGCUGUUGCUGCUGGAGAGCGCGCCUUCUGUCACGUCACGCAAGGGAGGGAGGAGGGAGGAGGGAGGGCUCGCGUCGGGAUGUGUGAUGGGGGGGUACCAAGGAGGAGAGGCUGCCUUUCCGGAGAGUAUCGAUGACAUCAACCACCAUUCUUCUCCUCACCGCACAAACCAACGGAGACUUCUGGAAAUGGGGGCGCGGAGAUAACGGUGUUUGAGGGAGAUCGCGAAGAGGUAGGCUAUACCUUUCCAACGUUUAAUCUUUCCCCGAGCGGUCACGACGGACUGGCCGGAGGUGUUGGAGGUGUCCGAAUACACGGAAUUACAGUCCAUAGCUGAUCGUGGAAUAUGAAGCGCAAGCCCACAUGAAUUUGCCCAUCGCCGUAAACGGAACGAUAAAGGUAGACCAAUUUACAGUGCUAAGGAUUACCAUAACCAGGACAUGAAGCUAAAAAGAGCUUAAAAAGACAGAGUGUGCGUCCGGACGACCGUAUGUGAUGACCCCCAGCAUGGCUCCCUGUCCCCGCCGAGGAGCGCCUCCUGCUGGCCGGCUUGCGCUGCCUUCCGCCAGGCCGUUCCUGCUGGCUCUCUUAAUCUCCUCUCUCCCCGCGGCCUGCCACGCCCAGGCUCCGCCCAGGUUUACUAAGAUCCCCAGAGAUCAGACGGGGGUGUCUGGGGGCGUGGUGUCCUUCGUGUGCCAAGCCACAGGAGACCCUAAACCUCUGGUCAACUGGAACAAAAAGGGAAAAAAGGUCAACUCUCAGAGGAUAGAGACUAUAGAAUUUGACGAGGGGGCAGGGGCAGUGCUUCGUAUCCAGCCACUCAGAGCGCCCCGCGAUGAGAACGUUUAUGAGUGUGUCGCUCGGAACAGCGAAGGCGAAAUUGCCAUCACUUCCAAACUGUCGAUCAUUAGAGAAGACCUUCUGCCCUUUGGUUUUCCGAGCAUAGACAUGGGUCCGCAGCUGAAGGUGGUGGAGAGGACCCGCACUGCCACCAUGCUCUGCGCUGCCAGCGGCAUUCCUGAUCCGGAGAUUUCCUGGUUCAAGGACUUCCUGCCGGUGGAGCCCGGCCUCAGCCAUGGCCGGAUCAAACAGCUGCGCUCAGGAGCCUUGCAGAUUGAGCGGAGUGAGGAGACGGAUCAGGGGAAAUAUGAGUGUGUGGCCUCGAACUCGCAGGGUGUGCGCUACUCCUCCCCUGCCAAUCUAUACGUGAGAGGUACGGACAACAAGCUGCGAGAAGUUCGUCGUGUGCCACCUCGGUUUACCAUCCUGCCCUCCAGCCAUGAGAUCAUGCCAGGCGGCAGCGUGAACAUCACGUGCGUGGCGGUGGGCUCGCCCAUGCCCUACGUCAAGUGGAUGCUGAACGCAGAGGACUUGACACCCGAAGACGAGAUGCCUGUGGGGCGGAACGUUCUGGAGCUCAACGGCGUGCGCGAGUCGGCCAACUACACCUGCGUGGCCAUGAGCAGCCUGGGCAUCAUCGAGGCCGUGGCACAGGUCAUCGUUAAAUCAUUACCCAGAGCUCCUGGGACCCCUAUCGUCACGGAGACGACGGCCACCAGUGUUACCAUCACUUGGGACUCGGGAAACCCCGACCCAGUGUCCUAUUACAUCAUCCAGUACCGUGCAAAAUCCCCUGACAGCAAGUUCGAGACAGUGGAUGGCAUCACAACCACCCGUUACAGCAUCGGGGGUCUCUACCCCAACACUGAGUACGAGAUCCGCGUCUCAGCCUUCAACACCAUAGGGCAAGGCCCGUCCAGCAACAAGGUGGAAGCUAGGACCGGAGAGCAGGCGCCGGCCAGCCCGCCCCGGAAUGUCCAGGCUCAAAUCAUCUCGCAGAGCACGGUGAUCGUGAGGUGGGAGGAGCCGGAGGAGCCCAACGGGCAGAUCAAAGGGUAUCGCGUCUACUACACCAUGGACCCAUCUCAGCUGAUGAGCAGCUGGCAGAUCCACAACGUGCAGGACAGCAUGAUCACCACAAUCCAGAACCUGAUAUCAUCUGAAACAUAUACCAUCCGCGUGCUGGCCUUUACGUCUGUGGGGGAUGGGCCUUUCUCGGACCCUGUGCAUGUUAAAGUCCUGCCUGGGGUCCCGGGUCAGCCAGGGAAGUUUCGAGUUGGCAGAGUGCGAGAUACGAGUGUGGAGCUGAUCUGGGACCCUCCGCACUCUAAAGAGCCUAUCAAGAGCUACGAGCUCAUCUACAAAGCAGCCAAAUACAGCGCUCAGGAAAAGAAGAGCUUUGAGCCCAGGUCCUCCUACAUGGUGGAAGGUCUGAGAGCAAACACCGAGUACACCUUCAUUCUGGCAGCCAUUUCCAGCAAGGGCAUUGGAGCGUUCACCAACGAGAUCACCCAGCGCACCGCACAAGCCAACGUGCCCAGGAACUUCUCUGUGAAUUUGGCAACCAAGACGAGUGUUCUGCUGACGUGGGACUUUCCGGAGAGCAGUUCUCCCUGCCGCUUCACUGUGGAAUACAACCGCCAGAAGCUGGAGGUGGAUGCUCGGUUGAGGAGGGCCGUGAUCCCCAACCUGCUGCCCGACACAAGCUACGACUUUAAGAUCACCAGCCCCGAGGGCAACGUGGGUGGCCUGAGACACCGGAUCCAUGCCAAGACCUCACCCCCCAUCGUCAUCAACCGGCCCGAGAUCGACCACAGCCGAGACACGGAGACCACUGUCACCAUCAUACUGCCCUCGCUCGACACACGGACCCUCGUCAGGAAUAUCUAUGUGGUGGUUGUUCCUCUAAAGAAAGGCAGGGGACUGAAUCGACAUCUGAAGAGCCCAGACGAAAUGGACCUGGAAGAGCUGUUGAAGGACAUCAGCCAGAAGCAGCGCGACCCGCGGCAGAGGCAGGUGGAUCUGCGUCGGGCAUACAUCACCGCCCGCUUCACGCCUUCCACCCUGCCCGCGUUCUUUACCCUCGGAGACCAGCUGGACUACGGAGGCUUUGACAAUCGGGCCCUGGAACCGGGCCAGGAGUAUGUCUUCUUCAUCCUGGCCGAACUCAACUCCACCACUGGGAAGAUGUUCGUUGCCAGCCCCUACACCGACCCGGUCAUCGCACCCGUCUCAGACCCGCAGCCUCUGGACGCUGGCGACGGCCUCAUCUGGGUGGUCGGGCCCGUCUUGGCUGUGGUCUUUAUCAUCUGCAUAGUCAUCGCCAUCCUGCUCUAUAAGAACAAACCAGACAGCAAGCGCAAAGACUCAGAGCCGGGCACCAAGUGUUUACUGAACAACGCUGAAAUGAUUGCCCAUCACCCCACCGACCCCGUAGAGAUGAGACGCAUCAACUUCCAGACACCAGGUAUGAUGAGUCAUCCCCCAAUCUCGAUCACAGAGCUGGCAGAACACACUGAGCUUCUGAAGGCCAAUGAUAACCUUCGUCUCUCCCAGGAGUACGAGUCCAUCGACCCUGGGCAGCAGUUCACGUGGGAGCACUCCAACCUGGAGGUAAACAAGCCGAAGAACCGCUACGCCAACGUCAUCGUCUACGACCACACCAGGGUCAUCCUCGUGCCAGUGGACGGCAUUAUGGGUAGUGAUUACAUCAAUGCAAACUACAUUGAUGGCUACAGGAAACAGAACGCGUACAUCGCCACACAGGGCCCCCUGCCCGAGACCUUCGGAGACUUCUGGAGGAUGGUGUGGGAGCAGAGAGCAGCUUCCGUGGUGAUGAUGACCAAACUGGAGGAGAAAUCACGGAUAAAGUGUGAUCAGUAUUGGCCCAGCAGAGGCACAGAAACGUACGGCCUGGUGCAGGUCACUGUGCUGGACACCAUGGAGCUGGCCACCUUCUGCGUGCGAACCUUCUCCCUGCACAAGAGUGGUUGUAACGAGAGGAGGGAGGUCAGGCAGUUCCAGUUUACAGCAUGGCCUGAUCAUGGUGUCCCAGAGUACCCCACCCCGUUCCUGGCCUUCCUACGCCGGGUCAAAGCCUGCAACCCUCCAGACGCAGGCCCUGUCAUUGUUCACUGCAGUGCGGGCGUGGGUCGUACGGGCUGCUUCAUCGUUAUUGACGCCAUGCUGGAGCGGAUCCGCCACGAGCACACCGUGGACGUCUACGGCCACGUGACGCUGAUGCGCGCGCAGAGGAACUACAUGGUCCAGACGGAGGACCAGUACGGCUUCAUCCACGAGGCCCUGCUGGAGGCGGUCGCCUGUGGCACCACCGAGGUUGCCGCCCGCAGUCUCUUCUCCUACCUGCAGAAGCUGGCGCAGGUGGAGAUGGGCGAACACGUCACGGGCAUGGCGCUGGAGUUCAAGCGUCUGGCCAACAGCAAGGCUCACACAUCCCGGUUUGUGACGGCCAACCUGCCUUGCAACAAGUUCAAGAAUAGACUGGUCAACAUUAUGCCCUAUGAGACCACCCGUGUCUGUCUGCAGCCAAUCAGAGGCCUCGACGGCUCCGACUACAUCAACGCCAGCUUCAUCGAUGGAUACAGACAGCAGAGGGCGUACAUUGCCACGCAGGGGCCCCUAGCCGAGACCACCGAGGACUUCUGGAGGAUGCUUUGGGAGCACAACUCUACCAUUGUGGUCAUGCUGACCAAGCUGCGAGAGAUGGGCCGGGAAAAAUGUCACCAGUACUGGCCGGCAGAACGUUCAGCUCGAUACCAGUACUUUGUGGUGGAUCCCAUGGCCGAGUACAACAUGCCCCAGUACAUCCUGAGAGAGUUCAAGGUCACGGAUGCAAGAGAUGGACAGUCCAGAACUGUCAGGCAGUUCCAGUUCACUGACUGGCCUGAGCAAGGAGUGCCAAAAUCAGGGGAGGGUUUCAUCGAUUUCAUUGGACAGGUGCACAAGACCAAGGAGCAGUUUGGGCAGGAUGGACCAAUCACAGUCCACUGCAGCGCGGGCGUUGGUAGGACGGGCGUGUUUAUCACUCUCAGUAUCGUACUGGAGAGGAUGCGCUACGAGGGCGCCGUGGACAUUUUCCAGACUGUCAAAAUGCUGCGCACACAACGACCAGCCAUGGUGCAGACUGAGGAGGAAUACCAGUUCUGCUACCAGGCUGCUCUUGAAUACUUAGGAAGCUUUGAUCACUAUGCAACGUAAGGGAAGGAGGACCCGUUCAUCUCAACGCCAUUUUUCACAUCUCACAACGAUCUACAAACACAACCGAUCUGAGCUUGUUCCAGAAACAAGCAUCUAUUAACUUUCUUCCCAGUAAAAUUGAAUGAUGCCAUUACUGCGAGGGGAUCGUUUUGAAGUACGAUGACAUUGUCGGGCGGAGACCUAUGUUUGGAGGAUAAGACAAAGAAGACAAAAUUAUAAAGAACUUAUUUUCUUUCUAGAACUUCUUGGGAAAGUUCUGUAUCACACAGCAAGCUUAUUACCUCAGUGUUCAAAUAUUGAUAUUAAUGUUGUGGUUGGCUUUUUAGAAAUAUUACAAUGUGGGUAAAAAUGAAAUCUUCAAAAAACAGAAUGGAAAACGUACUAAGUGUGAAAAAAAAAACACAAAAACAAAACAAACAAAAUACACACACAGACAAAAGAAAAACAUUACACUCAAAAGCCUGAAAAAUUGCUGCACUCUGCAAUGGGAGUUCUACCCAAACUGUAUUUGCCAAUGAAAAGGUCAAAGGUGAACUCCAGUCAGCCGCCAGAGGUGACGGCUUCUGCUGUGAGGCGGAGGAAGAGGAGCCAGGUGACCUUGUUCUUUCCUAAGGUCCAUGUUGCCAUCGCCAACGUUUCGGCGCCCUAACGGACGCAGAACUCCUACCUUCUGUGCCUAAAGGAGCAACAGCAACGGAGGGUGAAAGGUCAAGGACUUUUCGUCCAGCUUUGGAGGAGAACAGCCGUGCCACUGACUCAUCGUACAGUACAUUAGUAACGUGAUAUAAUCGGUUUCAGUGUCUCUUUUACUCCUGGUCCACUGGAGCGCUAUUGUGACUGAACCAUGCCUUUGAAGAGCUGUCAAAUUCAUCAGCAGUUUUUGUUGGUUUUCAACAGAGCACCUGUGAAUACUUUUAUUAUGGUGUGUCAUUUUCUUUCUCUCUCUCGCUUUCUAGCACAUUCUCUCUCUCUCUCUCUCUCUCUCUCUCUCUUUUCUUUCCCUCUCUCUUUUUACCUUUUCUCUUUGUCUCUCUCCACAAAUAUGCUGCUUAUUUCCUGUGCGUGAGGAGGAAAAACGGGGUUCGCAAUGGUUUGAAUCUAGUCGUUCGUCUACGCUCAUCCGUCCUUCGCUGCGCUCCUGGAAGACCCCCCGGAGCAGUGUGGAGGCUCUGUGCUGGCUCUGGAGGCUCUGGGUUUGAGUGGAAGAGCUUGCGUAUACACCACAGAGGCGAAACCAGCCCCAAUCCUUUGGUAAUGCAGAUACAUGCUGGGCUGUAAUUAACUUAAAAUCCAUGUACAGACUUUGGCAGAGAACUUGAGGUUGGUUAAAUAUUGAGAUUAAGGAUUUCUAAUCCUAGGGGUCAUAUCUUGUCAAAUCAGAAGUUCUCAAUAAGACAGUGUUGCCCUUUGGAAAUCUGGCGAGUGAAUAUCAAAGUGCUCCAACUUUGCUAAUGAAAGCUCCACGGCUUCAUAAAGCUUUAUCUCCAUGCAUCUCCCCUUCAUAGAAGGCAAGUUUAGGGUUUAAGGGUGUAUUCCCAAAAAAAGGAAUUCCCCAGAAUCACUGUAGAAGUUGAUAGAGGUCAGUCUGCUCCAGUUACUCUCCCGUUUAAAUAAACUGAGCUAGAAAAAAAAUUAUAACUCAUGUUUUUGUUUAGUGAAGGAGUCGUGCGUAGGCGUAGCACAAAGUAGUUCGUAUGAAGGACUUAGCCCAAGCCGUCUCAGACAAGAGGAAGGACUUAGCCUAAGCCGUCUCAGACAGAAGGAAGUCCGAAGACAGUUUUCAUGGGUCUUUUACUCUAAUCUCAACAAGAGACUAAAAGUGAGCCUUACUGUUGUUGUCAAAAUAUUUAACCACCACGUUUUUAAUUUAGUUUUGUUGAUAUUAUGCUUGAAUUUCUAAGAAUAUUUAUAUUAUUUUUUGAGUACCUAUUGGAAUAUAAUCAACGAGAUGUUGUGUAGUUGGCAAGCUAA